AUGCCAGUAAUUUCUUCGACGGAUUUACGUUCUUCACAUGAUCCCACAAAGGGAUUCGUUCAAUAUGUCUCUGCCGACGACGCGACAGCCGCCGGUCUUGCUCGAAAAGUCAACAAUCAAAUAUAUCUCGGCGUGGACGAUACCACCGUCCUGAGCGCGUCUGGCGCCGGUCGUAAGAGCGUUCGACUCGAAAGCUCCCAGACCUUCAACAAUGGUCUUCUCAUUGCAGAUCUGGCGCAUAUCCCGAACAACACCUGCGGCACAUGGCCUGCCUACUGGACGAUCAACAACCAGGGCAACCCGUACGGGGAAAUAGACAUUAUCGAAGGCAUCAACGACCAGGACUAUAACGACAUCAGCUUGCAUACCAGUGCCCAGUGUACUCUAACCGGCGGUAACCAGACCGGUACGGGGCUCCGCACGGAUUGCAAUCUCGACAGCAGCCCCGGGGGAUGCGGCGUGAGUGGUGACUCCGCUUCGUACGGCAGCGGAUUCAACGCCAAUGGAGGGGGCUUGUACGUACUUUAUCUUGAGGACGCUCUCAAGGUGUGGUUGUUCCCACGGGACUCAAUCCCAGCCGAUAUCACGUCUGGAAGCCCCAAUCCGUCGUCGUGGGGUGAGCCCUUGAUGGAUUUCGAAUCCCAGUCUGGGUGCAGCAUUUCUCAGAAUUUUAUUGACCAGACGAUUAUUUUCAAUAUCGACUUCUGUGGCUCGAAUGCUGGUGGACAAGGCUGGACCGACUGGUCCCACUGCCCCCAGACCACAGGAGUCAGCACCUGCGAGGCUUAUGUUGCCGCAAACCCCAGUGCCUUUACUGAGUCGUACUUUCUGAUCAACUCGGUCAAGCUAUACCAGACGAGCUAG